ACUGUGCACGUUGCUUCACGCGCAAUAGCUGCGACUGUUCUCGAGUAUCAUUCUGAAUUGAUAAUACCAGCUGAGAAGAAGCAGACACGCUUCACCUGCGCGACGAAAAAUCACUGCCACUAGUCGAAUUCUCGCAUAAGAGCGCUUAGCUUCACUUGAGGGAUCUGUAAACCGGCAGCCCCCGUCAUUGAUGAAUAUUGGUCUCAGAAAACUAAUUACAAAAAGGGAGGUCGAUCGAGCUAUUAAGGGAACAGUGGACAAAGUGCUUGUGCUGAGAUUUGGGGAAGAAGCUGAUUGCCUGCGGAUAGAUGACAUUCUGAACAAGGCGGCGCCUCUGCUGUCUCGUAUGGCAGAGGUGUACGCCGUAGAACCUCACUCCGUGCCAGUUUACACAAGGUACUUCGACGUCACCAUUACGCCAGCCACGGUGUUCUUCUUCAAUGGCCAACAUAUCAAAAUAGAAAGCAGCAGACUUAUGAACCUGGUCAAGUUAAAGGAGUGCCGACCACACCAAGUUUGUAGGCUGCUUCAAGACCAAGCAGGAUGUGAUUGACCUGGUGGAAGUGGUCUACCGGGGUGCCAUGCGAGGCAAGCUUAUCGUGACGUCACCAAUCGAGAGUUCCCACACGCCUCAA